AUCAAAUUUCACCGUGACGUGCGCAAAGGCGCCAAGCUUAAAAACUGGGUCAACUGGGUCUUCAGUUGUUUCUAUUUACGUAUCCGAGUUUGAAGUAGUGUGGUUCUUUAUUCUAUGGCAGUGUGUUGUCGUCUAGUAGUUUGACAUUUGGGCACUAAACUGGUGGGGUGACUAUUCUUUAGUGAGGCUUUGUUCGCUGUCCAUUUGCCACCAGCAGUGAACUAAGUAGUUGCAUCAGCCUUGCUGAAAAUGGACAGAUACGAGAAGAUUGAAGUGGUCGGAAGAGGCGCGUUUGGGGUUGUAACGCUGUACUCCGAGAAGUCCACCGGACGGAAAGUGGUCAUCAAGCACAUUCCUGUGCAGCAGAUGUCCAAAGAGGAGAAGGAAGGGUCCCUGAAUGAGGCCAAAGUGCUAGCAAUGCUGCACCAUCCCAACAUCAUUGCCUAUUACGACAGCUUCCUCGAGGAAAAGAGCUUGGCCAUUGUCAUGGAGUAUGCCCCAGGUGGAAACUUGUAUGAUUACCUAAAGCAAAGAGGCCGUGCCCUGCUUUCUGAGAGGGAAGUGCUGAGCUACUUUGCGCAAGUAUUGCUCGCCUUAGAGCAUGUUCACUCCAGAAAAAUCCUGCACAGGGACCUGAAGACUCAGAACCUGCUUCUGAACCAAUGCCGCAGCAUCGUCAAAGUCGGCGACUUUGGCAUCUCGAAGAUUCUGAGCAGCAAAAGCAAGGCAGAAAGCCUGGUAGGCACUCCAAACAACCUCUCACCAGAGGUAUUUGUAGGCAAACCCUACAACCACAAGAGUGAUAUCUGGGCACUCGGCUGUAUUCUGUAUGAACUACUGACACUGAGAAGUCCCUUUGAAGGCAAUCACAUUCCAAGCCUGGUGAGAAAGAUCAUGCGAGGAUCCUAUGAGCCCGUGAGUGACCACUACAGCGAACAGAUUCACCUUCUGCUUGAGCAACUGCUGCAGAAGGAGCCAUCGCAGCGGCCAUCUGUCAACCAGCUCAUGGCACAACCCAUUUUGCUGCCUGUAAUCUGCAACCUCUACCUCACCAUCGGCUCACUACCCUGCGUCGCACAGAAAGACCGUUUGUCUUCAACACUGUCUUUGGCUAGUGUCGGUCAACAGUCUCGUGCCAGCUCAGGAGAUUUGUCAACAUCACUGCUUGCCUGGGAGAGUAACAGUGCAGCACCUGUUAAGCUGGAAGUACCGGAUGGACAUGGCUGCGUUAGUGAUGUGGCCGUUGGAGUGGAUUCUGUUGUAGCCGUCACAUCAUAUGGCAGUGCCAUCGUUUGGAAAGUGCCAAGUCCGUCAAGAGAGAAGACUUGCGAAGCAAAGAUCCUAAAGGACUACCUCAGUGACCAUAUAACCCAUGCUGGUUGUGGAGCUGACUUCAUCAUUUUGCUGUCAGAACGUAAGAUACUUCUGUCUUGCGGACGUGGGCAAUCAGGCAGCCUCGGUCACGGCGGCCAUUUUCACAGUGCAAAUAAACCCAAGAUAGUGCAAGCUUUGCUAGGCCACGAGAUAACACAUGUGGCCUGCGCAGCAUCGCAUGUUCUUGCCAUCGAUGAAAAUCAUGACAUCUUUGCCUGGGGAGAUGCCAGCCAUGGAAUGCUGGGGAUUGACUUUUCCACUUCAACGGAUCUUCCUGUAAAAGUGGAGCUACCUGGUGGCGUUCGUCCCACGCACUGUUUCUGCACAAUGGACAGCAGCUACCUGGUCACAGAUGCAGGUGAACUUUGGGCCUGUGGAAGCAACAGGAAUAAGAAGCUAGGCAUCAACGACAGCAGAAAACACAUAGGAGAAUUCACUGAAGUUCCUCGGCGGCUGUUUGCAGGUCAUCAUGUGAUUCACGUGACUGGCAAUGAAAACACCACCAUGAUACUAACUGACGUUGGCAUGGUCUUCCUUCUGGGACUGCAACAGUACUCUGCUGCUACCAGCGAUGGUGCAACUUCCAGGAUGGUUUCUCUUGGAGCACAGGCAACACACGUGGGCUGUGCUGGAGACCUGUUUGUAGCUGUGCUCAAAGGCACAAAACUCGUGCAGUGGAAACACCUGAAGCCAGACAACAAACCAGAAGAGAUAUAUCCGGCGCCACAGUUACCAGAUGACGCCAAAGUUGUUGCUCUUGCCUGUUCUCCUGCUAUCAUUGCAGCAGUAGUUGUCAAGGGGCACUUGUCAAAGAAAUGCUGAUUGUGUUUUAAUAUGCAUAUUCAGAACGGUGGGCAAUAAGGUGAAGUAAACUUCAUAUUUGUUUAGCGACUGCAAAGAUGGCAAUGCCUUACGUGUGCUCACGUUUCCUGUAUUUUUUUUCUUCAGUGAAGUACAAUUUCCCAAUAAAACACACAUGCUCAUUGUGUGGUCACGAAUUUUCACACA